AUGAAGUGUGUUACGCUUCUCUAUGCGUGUGGUCUCUUGGCUACGGUCACAGCUGAGUUCGACGGUAACCUCAACUACGCCAGUCCGUCUCGUCGUCAUGCUCGACUGGGUAUCGAUGUUCCUCUUGUCAAGCGUCGAUCUUUGAAGCGUGGCAACACACCUUACGAUGCAUCCCAGCUCAACUUCACUCAUGGUGUGGCUUCUGGAGACCCCUGGCCUGAGAGUGUCAUUCUCUGGACUCGAAUUGCUCCUUCAGCUCAGUCUGAUAAGAGCAACAAGGUUGUCAACGGCACCGCAGGACUGUAUAGCCAUGAGACUGAGAAGUACAUCAAAGCUGAUGCUCAUCCGAUCUGCGUGGAGUGGAGUGUGUUUGUUUCUGAGAACACCUCUGGUGAUGGGAAAACAGUGGCCAAUGGAAAGGCUUAUACUACUUCAGACAUUGACUACACUGUCAAGGUCGAGGCAAAAGGCUUGAAACCUCUUACUACUUAUAAUUAUCAGUUCACAGUCUGUGACUCUGACACUAAGAGCCCCAUUGGUCGUACCAAGACAGCCCCUACCGCAGACGACGAUGUUUCGGAUCUGAGCUUCGCCGUGUUCUCUUGCAGCAACUACCCCAAUGGUUACUUCAAUGCAUACGGCAACGCUGCCAGAAAGGAUGAGCAUGACUACGUUAUCCAUCUUGGAGACUACAUCUACGAGUAUGGAGCAGAUGGUGAACGCACCAGUCAGCCUCGUAAUGAGAUCUUUACGCUCCAUGACUACCGAACUCGCCAUGGACAGUACCGCACCGAUUCUGAUCUACAGCUGCUUUCUCAGAAGUUUGCUUGGGUUCCAACUUGGGAUGACCAUGAGUUUGCCAACAACGGCUACAGAGAUGGAUUUUCAGGUCUUAACAACACUGAAGACUCUUUCCUCAAUAUUGGCCCCAAAGUUAGCGUCGAUACUCGCAAGGUCAAUGCUGUUCGAGCUUACUUCGAAUGGAUGCCUAUCCGUCAAACUGACUUGGACGAUGGUCUGCGAGUCUGGAGAUCCUUCCAGAUGGGCAAGCUUCUUGACCUGAUCAUCCUUGACACAAGGAACUACGACCGCAGCAUCACAACCCUCAACUGGAACGACGACUACAUCGACAUGAUCCGAGAUGACCCCAGCCGUACUCUCAUGGGAAGUCGUCAAGAGAAUUGGUUCUACCGGUCCCUUAGUAAGUCUAAGGACCGAGGUGCCGCUUGGCGAAUUAUUGGCAACCAAAUCAUCUUCUCGCGUAUCACUGAGGAUUGGGGUAAUGGCGAAAUUCUCCCUGGUGACAACUGGAGUAAGGGUUAUGUGGCGAACCGAAACCGAACUCUGGAGCAUCUUUACACCAACGACAUCGGAAACAACGUAUUUCUCGCUGGAGAUAGCCAUCAGAACUGGGUUUCGGAUCUUGUUUGGCUCGGUACCAAGGAAUACGACAACAAGACUGGUGCUGGAAGUAUCGGAGUAGAGUUUGCCGGAACAGCUGUUAGUUCAAACGGUGUCAACGGACCUAUCGAACCUACAGCUGGUAAGGCUGCUCGUGCUAGAAUCCAGAAGAACCCCGAGUUGCAAUGGCAGGAGGGUUAUUAUCGUGGAUAUUUCAUCCUGGAUGUCAAUUCUAAGAAGGUUUCGUCUCGGUUCUAUGGCUCACCCUCGGUUUCUUCUCGCAACUCCUGGGAUAUCCCCUUGGCCAAUUUCACUGUCGUCUCUGGUGAGAACCACUUGCAGAGACCCGUUGCUGGCGGUCGUGCCGAGUCUGGUGCACUUCGUUAUGGAGAGGUUAAGCACACAAAUCUCACGCUUGACACUCAGACUGGCGAAUGGAAGGAAAUUGGAUUUGAGACUAUGUAUGUUAAACACGAAGACUAG